UCUGUGCUGUUUACCAUUGUUCAAUUUCAUUACAAAUCGCUUAUUUUUGAAGAAUUAUUUUAUCGAGCAGGUUUUUAACAUGUUUUAAAAUUAUAUAAUAAAUUAAAUUCUAAUAAAAUAAAGUGAACAAAGUAAGCACCCAAGUUAUGGAACAAAUUGAUGAGGCCAAACGUAAACCCAGACGUACUAAAGGAACACCAUCAUAUCAUUAUAGAAAUCGUUUUGCCGCAGCUAGCAUUGCAGCGGGAAGUGCAAUAUUUGCAUUGUGGUAUUUUACACCCAUAUUUCGCAUAGCGAAUGAAAAGUUAAUACGCGAUUUGACAACAGCCUCUGAAGAAGAAAAGGAUCGUAAAAUUAUUUUCAAUUUAGUGGGUGCUCCCAGAACUUCAAGAGCUAUUAAGGAGACUAUAGAGGAGAAACACAAAUUAAUGUCCGAGCGUUAGUGGUAGAUAAUGGAUCGCCAAACACGUAAAGCCAACUUAAAAAAGUUACAAUUACCCAGUACCUCGGGAAACAAACAACAACGGUAUGCUAAUUUUAAAGCUUCUUUUUACUUUAUAUUGUAGUACCAUUAUAUUUAUGUAGUUGAGUUGUUUAUUAAUAAUAAAUGUUAUAAAAUUAAAAA